AUGGCAGCCUUGUUGGGGGACGCCGUCAUGGUGGCCAGAGGCCUGGCCAAGCUGACGCGGGCCGCCGUGGAGACCCACCUGCAGCACCUGGGCCUCGGCGGGGAGCAGGCCAGGGCCCUGCGGUCCAGGGCCGCGGAGCAGAUCGGCGCGGUGCCGGGGGCGGUGCAGGGUCAGGCCCCGCCCGAGGCCCCGGACGCGGAGAGCUUCGAGGGGCCGGAAGCCGCGUCCCACUUCUCCGGCCCGGGCGCCCCGCGAGCCUCCGAGGAUUCGUCUGCGACCGGGUGCUCCGACCAGCCGCCGUCCGCACCGCGGGGUCCCGGCGUCGGCGAGGGCCCCGCUCCCGCCUGCGCCGCCGGAGGGCCCUUUCGGGAAGCGGGGCUCCCAGGCCAGGCCACCCCGCCUCUGGGCAGGGCGACCGGGAGGCUCUUCGUGGACCCCAGAGACCCCUUCUUGGUCACCGGCUUUCAGAGAAGAUCCUUCCACCGGGACCAGUCUCCCCUGGGGGGCCUGACGGCCGAGGACGUGGAGAAGGCCCGGCAAGCCAAGGCGCGGCCCGCCGGCAAGGCCCACAAGCAGAUGCUCAGCGAGCGGGCGCGGGAGCGGAAGGUGCCAGUGACCAGGAUCGGGCGGCUGGCCAACUUCGGAGGUCUGGCCGUGGGGCUGGGCUUUGGGGCCCUGGCCGAAGUGGCCAAGAAGAGCCUCCGCCCUGAGAACGCCACAGGGAAGAGGGCCGUGCUGGACUCCAGCCCCUUCCUGUCGGAGGCCAACGCGGAGCGCAUCGUGAGCACGCUGUGCAAGGUGCGCGGGGCGGCGCUCAAGCUGGGCCAGAUGCUGAGCAUCCAGGACGACGCUUUCAUCAACCCCCACCUGGCCAAGAUCUUCGAGCGGGUGAGGCAGAGCGCGGACUUCAUGCCGCUGCGGCAGAUGAUGAAGACGCUCAACAGCGACCUGGGCCCCGGCUGGAGGGACAAGCUGGAGUACUUCGAGGAGCGGCCCUUCGCCGCAGCUUCCAUCGGGCAGGUGCACCUGGCCCGCCUGAAGGGGGGGCUGCUGAAGGACCACCCCUUCUUCUACGUGCCCGAAAUCGUGGAUGAGCUCUGCAGCCCCCACGUGCUGACCACGGAGCUCAUUUCCGGCUUCCCCCUGGACCAGGCCGAGGACCUGAGCCAGGAGAUCCGGAAUGAGAUCUGCCACAACAUCCUGGUCCUGUGCCUGAGGGAGCUGUUCGAGUUCCACUUCAUGCAGACGGACCCCAACUGGUCCAACUUCUUUUACGACCCUCAGCUGCACAAGGUGGCCCUGCUGGACUUUGGGGCAUCUCGGGAAUUUGACAGGUCAUUCACCGACCUCUACAUCCAGAUCAUCAGGGCCGCUGCGGACCGGGACAGGGACACGGUGCUGAAGAAAUCCAUAGAGAUGAAGUUCCUCACCGGCUACGAGGCCAAGGCCAUGGAGGACGCCCACGUGGACGCCAUCCUCAUCCUGGGGGAGGCCUUCGCCUCGGAGGGGCCCUUCGACUUCGGCACCCAGAGCACCACCGAGAAGAUCCACAGCCUGAUCCCCAUCAUGCUGAAGCACCGGCUCGUCCCUCCCCCCGAGGAGACCUACUCCCUGCACAGGAAGAUGGGGGGCUCCUUCCUCAUCUGCUCCAGGCUGAAGGCCCGGUUUCCCUGCAGGGCCAUGUUCGAGGAGGCCUACAGCAAGUACUGCCGGGGCCGGGCGCAGCAGCAGUAGCCGCGGGGUGCCCGCUGGGACGGAGCCCGGGCGGCGGCCGGGUGGCGCGGACGGGGCGGGCGAGAAGCCCGAGCACAGGACG